UCACAACUGAACCCUUUGGUUCUAAAUGCUGUUCUGGGUACCUUUGGUUUGUAGCUUUAGUUUUGUGUUUUCAUUUUCUUUACAAAAAUUGCCCUAGCUUUAGGGCUUUAUAGCUUUAGUUUUGAGAUACAUACUCGUGGGUUUAAGCCUUGCAUACCUAGUGCCGUGCACUCUUGCUUCUUUCGUCGGCCACAGUGCUGCAGCAGUAAUCUAGUAUUGUUGCAUCUGAAGUCUGAAUAUCCGCUUCAUCUGUGGGCUUAUCUUAUAGUCAGAUUAAGCGGGAGGAAACCAAUAAAUUGAUUAAAAAUCAUAUGGCAAUGGCGAACUGCGAUGGUUCAUCAUCCUUCACUAUAAUACCAGAAGAUGAAGUAGCUGAAGAAGAACUUCUUUCAGAGUAUUAUGGGUCUGGUUCAGGUUGGGUUGAAGCUCUAACUUCUUGCGAUCACUUGAAUUCAUUAUCAUCCCAACUUUCUCAGAUUCCAACUCCAGAUACUCCUUGCAACAAGUGUCAUAACCUAGUUGAAAAUUGGUUAUGUUUGUGCUGUAAGGAAGUGCUUUGCAGUCGCUUCGUCAACAAGCAUAUGCUUGAGCAUUAUCAAGAACAAAACCAUUGUUUAGCGCUGAGCUUCAGUGACUUGUCAGUUUGGUGUUUCUCUUGCAAUGCAUACUUGGAUGCUCAAGUGAUUGUGGAAUUGCGGCCAGUUUAUGAAACUGCUUACCGCAUGAAAUUUGGAGAGAUGCCACCGGUAAGAAGCUCAUCAGGGUCUGGAAACGAUGUUGAGGGUUCUUCAGCUAGUUAGCUCUAAUAUAUAGCGUGCGAUCUUAGAUGAGGCAGCAAUGAAGUUCCUUGGGGUUUAUCUUUUUUUGUUCUGUGGUAGUCAGACUCGUAUUGUGAACACGUUGCUCUUUUUACCAGUAUGUUUAGUAUAUUACUCAAAGCUCAAACCAGUUCAAACCCAUUACAGGGUGAAAGUUUUGCUCAUCUUCCUUUUACUGUUUUGGGAUUGGUAUUGUUUCUGACUAGCCAUUCAUUCAA